GUGGCUUGUAGUCUCCGUUGCAGACCAUAAGAGCCGACAAGCGUUAGGUGGCUUGACCGCCCACGGCGUCCAGGACCCCCCUCACACCUCUUGCACGCAAACUGGUAUGUCGAAGAAAGGGACCGCGGAGGUUGUGUCUCCCCGUCGCUCGCUGCAGCAAGAGCUGGGCACCAGUGCCGACGAGGAACGCACAGGCCUUCUCGCCAACGAUGAGAGGACGUACGAAGAUGGCGAUGUUGUGUAUACUCGACCUACGUCGUCCCGCAAGCUCAUCGUAGGCAUUGGCAUUGGACUUAUCGUUAUUCUCCUGGGAGCGCUCUUCGGGAGGCCUCUGCUACACGCGUUCAGACCUCGCCCAAAGCCUAAGCCGGACUUCGACCACACACUUCUCCGGAGCAAUGGCACGCACUACUUCAAGAAGAGCGCACUCAUUGUAUCUAUUGACGGACUGAGGGCGGAUUACCUCGACCGGGGCUUGACACCACACCUGCUAGCCAUUAGCAAGAAGGGAUUGCGGGCGAAGUCGAUGAAGCCCGUAUUUCCUACUCUUACAUUCCCGAAUCAUUGGGCAUUAAUGACAGGAUUGUACGUGGAGUCGCAUGGCAUUGUCGCCAACAACUUCUGGGACCCCGCGACUGGUCAGGAAUUCCAUUAUAACAGUGCGGCGGCAUCACGGGCAUCUAAUUGGUGGCUAGGAGAGCCGAUGUGGGAGACCGCACAGCGAGCAGGGAUUGUCACCGGUAAUCUGAUGUGGCCUGGACCGCCUACGACAAUGUCAGGCUUCUCUCCUAAUUACUUCGUGCCUUGGAAGGAUAAGGUUCCUUUGAAGGAGAAGCUUGACCAGAUCACUGCUUGGAUAGAUAUGCCGCUGAAGGACCGACCACAGCUCAUCACGGCGUAUGAACCUUCUCUUGACCAAGCCGGCCACCUUGCCGGGCCUGCGUCUGAGCUCGUCAAUAAAGUGCUUCAUGAGGUAGAUGUUUUCGCGCGAGACCUGCAUGAUGCUCUCGAGGCCCGCAACCUUACAGAUAUCUUUGACGUCGUCUUUGUGAGCGACCACGGCAUGACUGACACGAGCAAUCCGGAGUGGCUCUACGUCGACGACAUCUUAGGCGACGGCUUUGAACUGAUAGAUCACGAGGACGGCUGGCCAUCCAUGGGUCUGCGCUUCAAGCCCGAGACAGACACCGACAAGUACCUCCGCAUCCUCCUCAACGCAUCGGAAGCGAGCGGCGGCAAGUUCCACGUGUACACGCACGAUACCAUGCCAGAGCGGUGGCACUUCGCGAACAACUACCGCAUCGCGCCGAUCUACAUCGUCCCGGAGAUGGGUUACGCGCUUACGAACCACGUCGAGAACGGCUCGGGUAUGAGCAAAGGGAACCACGGAUAUGACAACGACGAGGUUUCGAUGCACGCCAUGUUCGUUGCGCACGGGCCCUUUUCCGCAGUGGUGAAGGCGGUCGAACACGACCGCCAGCAAGCUCGCGUCCUGCCGCGCUUCCUCUCGCGGCCAAACAAGGGCUGGCACUCGACGGCCGACGACACCUACGUCAUGGACGAGUUCGAGAACGUCAACAUCUACAACCUCAUGAUCAAGCUGCUCGGGAUCGAGAGCUUUGCGGCGCCCAAUAACGGGACGACGGGGUUCUGGGACCAGUUCUUCUAGAAGCCUAUAUUUUGUGCUCACUCAGUUGGGUUUGUUGUAGCACGGACAUUCAUCUAGAUGGCUU